AGUCCAGCCUCGUCGGUAGCUUCUGCUCGUUCAUUUGCCAGCCUAAUCUUCAUCCCCGGUGGGAGCCAACGGCAGGAGGGAGGUUCGAGAGAGACAGAGAGGGAACUUUGUGUGUGUGUGUGUGUGUGUGAGAGAGAGAGAGAGAGAGAGAGUGCAGGAGUUAGAAAAAGCUGCAGACACACGAACAGUCAGUCAUUGUGAGCUUGUUCCCUGGCCGCUGCCUCCCCAUUGCCUGUUGCUGCCGUCCUCCGCGACUCGCCCCUAACCCACACCAAGGGCCACGCCGGCCCGUGUCCUGCCUGCUGGAUCAACCUGCAUCCCACUAAAGGAAGGCUUCCUUGGGAGACAGGGCCCUAUAGCUCUGAGCCAAGAUUGCCGCAUGACCCGCCGCUGGAGACUAAAGAAGAAGAAGAGGAACGGAGGGGCGGAGGCAGGGGGUGUAUGUGAAAUUCUGCCCCCUGCUGCCCAAACGGUCAUCUGCAUGGGGGUUCUGGUUUGCUGUGACUGCUUCUUCUACAGGAAGUCAAAGACGAAGCCCAAUGGAAAGAAGCCACCCACCGAGGAGAAGAAGCACUACCUGGAAUCGGAGUACACCAAAGUGCGGGUCGUGGACUUUGACCUGAAGGAGCUGGUGGUGCUGCCGCGUGAGAUCGACCUCAACGAAUGGCUGGCCAGCAGCACGACGACCUUCUUCAAUCUCAUCAACCUGCAGUACAGCACAAUCUCGGAGUUCUGCACCGGGGAGACCUGCCAAGCCAUGACGGCCUGCAACACGAUAUACUACUGGUAUGAUGAAAAGGGGAAGAAAACGAAAUGCACAGCUCCCCAGUAUGUAGACUUUGUCAUGAGUUUGGUGCAGAAACUGGUCACAGAUGAAGACAUUUUUCCCACAAAAUACGGCAAAGAAUUCCCAAACUCGUUCGAGUCACUUGUGAAGAAGAUCUGCAGGUACCUGUUCCAUGUGCUGGCUCACAUCUACUGGGCGCACUUUAAGGAGACUGUGGCGCUGGACCUGCAAGGCCAUUUGAACACACUCUACGCACAUUUCAUCGUAUUCAUAAGGGAAUUCAACCUGGUGGACCCCAAGGAGACCUCCAUCAUGGACGACCUCUCUGAAAUCCUCUGCACACCCUCGCCUACCGCACAGAACCAUGUGACGGAGAGAUGAGACUGCACUGAGGGGACGAGGGGGAGGGGACAACCCCAGGAAGGGCAGGACAGAGCCAGCUAGUGUGUCGGCAGGACUUACAGACAUUCUGUACCCUGAAUCUCGCCACCAUUAGGACCCCACCAGCAAGGGUCUGCUUAGCAGGCAGGCAGUGCUGUGGGCAGCCCCCAAGGGGCGGAGCUGGCCUGCUCAACCUGCCCUUUUCAUCACUAGGAAUAAAAUGUCUUGGUUUAUUUCUUUUUCUGUUAUUGUUUUCGUGGGUCUCUGUUCACGUUCUCUUCCUUUUUCUAACACCAGGUGAUGCUCCUAACGUACCGUUGUAUGACAUUAUUAUAAGAAAUUCUGCAGUGCCACUCUGAUCACAGUGACGUUUGCCGCCCUCUCCACUAUCGGGGGGUGGGGGUGAAAUGGUGUCCUUUUUGCGAGUCUCCUGCCAGGGGUGAUGUUUGCGUUUUUGCUCGUUGAAUUUUGUUUUAAAUGGGUUUCUAUCUGGAAUAAUUGGAGCACUUCCCUUGCAGGACCUUGGGAGGGCGGGUUUGCAGCUCUGAAUCAGAGCCAAGCUUUCUGUACUAGUGCUGCGUCGUAUCAGCAUCUUCGUCACCGUCCUGAUGAUAUGUUUUACCCUCAUUUUACCAGAAACUGUUGUCUGGGUUUGUAGGAGGGACUUAGAGCUAGUGAAGGUGGGUUGGGGUGAGGUUUGAAAGGAAACAGGGUUAAGAUCUCUUCUCUCCCUGGGGGAGAGAGGGGGGACUGCAGCAGAAUGGGUUAAUGAGCCAGAACAGUGUUUGCCAACCAGGUCCUCAGGGACCCCAGACAGUUGAAGUUUUUGCUCCCUCUCAUAUCCCUGCCAGACAGUCCACAUUUUUGCUCCCUCUCAUAUCCCUGCCAGACAGUCCACAUUUUUGCUCCCUCUUAUAUCCCUGCCAGACAGUCCACAUUUUUGCUCCCUCCCAGCUCCCGGAGCAAAAUCGUGGACUGUCUGGGGGUCCUGAAGGACCAGGCUAGGAAAUGCUGAUCUAGAGAAGGAGCAUCGGAGGUCCAUGUGCCCCAGACGAGACACUUUGAAGAAACAGGCAAGGAGAAUGUCUGUAAGUACCAGGAUAGGUAGUUCAAGUGAUCGGGAGGUCCUAAGGCACCUACCACCCCCUCCACCCCCCCAUGCCCAAACACAUGCCAGUCUGCUUGAAGAAAAGCAUAACCGUGUGGCUUAAGGAGGAGAUGGAUGGAACAUAACCACAAACCUCUGCUGUUAAGGCAUAAAGAUGUGCCGAUUGUUUUAUUUUCUGCAAAGAUGUCACUGUAAUGGGUUGUAGAGAACAAAACUUUAAUGGAAGCAAUGGAGACACAUGUAGUAAAUGCACACAACUGGCUAACAUUUUGAGAUGGCAAACCCCAUCAGGUGAAUGAAUGAGUGUGAAGUAAACAGAGUCACUGAGAGUACAAAUGGAUAAUGGUUUCUGUUGGGCUGCCCUCUGCUGGUGAGGUUUAGUCAUUUUAUUUAUUUUUUUCUUGGAUGUUUUCAGGGUUCUUCAGUUCUUGCUUUCAUUUUAUGUAUUUUAAUUAUAUAAAUUAAAAGCAAUUUAAUAUUUUAUGCUUUGUGAAUUAUAACCUAAUAAAAGAUGGAAAUGCCA